GGUCUAGCGAUACAUUUACAUGCAAAUAGCAUCUUAGAUUAACUACGAGGAGGAGGUCACGAGGUCAAAAUCUUUGGUACCAAAAGAAGAUUCUUGUCACAAGGAAUGCACAUAUGAAAUAUGAAAGCCCUACCACCAUCCAUUCAAAAGUUAUGACAAAGGUUAGAACUUUAGCUGGCACACAAAGAAACCCAAAACUAUAUACCCCGAAUAUCCGAUUACGGUGACAUAAAUAUCUUCAAUCAUACGUUUUUCAAAAUAUUGAAAGAUGAUUUGAAUGAAUAGAUAAAGAAAGUAGUUUUUGAUAAUUUGAUAUACAUGUAUUUAGGUUAACCAGUGUGGAAAACAGGAUUGCAUAAUCUUAUCCUAGGUGACGGGGUGUAAGAGAAAAUUAUCAAACUUCCAUCCUGUUUAGGGAUUAACGGUGUCAAGAUAGCGAAAUUCUCACAAACACUGGGUCUAAGGGACAAAUUCUCUCCCCAUUAACUUUAAAGGUAUAUAUCGACGAAGCUUACAGGAGGACAGGACCUGUAUCUCAUUGUAAACAUGGGUGCAUUUUGUUUAUCCACCCUGAAUGUCGCCCGCGACCUGAUCAAAGAUUGGAUGGUAUUGAUGGCAUCUCUUGGACUUUGAUAUGGAGUGGUGUCGUAUAUAGUCCCAAACAAACAACCGAUAUGGUCAUUUACCUAAAGGAUCGCAUCUCUUCUAAAUCAUUCUGAAGUGAAGCAGCGGGAACAGGGCUCAAUUUCGGAAACUGACAUCAAUCAGCACACGGGUCGCUUGUUGGUGAGAAAGUUACAGACAAUAUUAACAAUGUUUUGGAAAGUGUGCGUUUUGUGCAUGUUGGGUGUAGCACAGGACGUGGUCUCCAUGUGUCAUUCAGGGAUGUGGAAGACCAAGCAAACAGACUGCAGCAGUUUCUCCAUGUGUGUUCUGGGCAAGUCCGUGGAAUUCAAGUGUCCUGGAAAUACGGUCGCCAAUCAAAUGAUGCAGGCGUGUGUACCGGCCGGAUCCUACAUGGAUAUUUGUUCAGAAAAGCAGUCAGUGGUAGAUGAGAAGACCCCGCCAAUGAUUGAAAAACCCCUUGAUCCAAAACCAAUGGUCCAGAAACCACAAACCAACCCCUACACCGACAUGUGUCGAGGCGCGCCUUCAGCUCUGCUGCCUCACCCCGACAGCUGUGCUAAACACAUAGACUGCUCCAAGGUUAUGCAAGGCAUGAUGGGAGAAUUCGAAUGCCCCUUCCCGACCCUCUGGAAUUCAGAAACAAAGAGAUGUGACAGUCCAUUAAAUGUCAAAUGUGGAACCAGAUGGGAACCGAAGGAUGCAUGUGAGUACGAAAGCAACGCGUGCAAGCAUUCCUCCCACUGCAUCCCGUGCGAGGUGAGGUUCCCCAGCUGUAAGGGACGCGCGGAUGGAAUCAACUCGUGGUCAGGGCGGGAGUGGACUCCACAUUUUGUGGUGUGUGAGAACGAGAGACUUGUCCACCAAGGACAAUGCACUUACGAGGAAACGUCCAAGAUCGUCUUCGAUCCGGUGGAGCAUGUCUGUAUCCGACUCUGAAUUUUAUAAAACAUUCGGUUAUGGAACUUCUACUAAACAGAUGGAAAUGCAACGAUAAAUAAUAUCGAAAUAUUUACAUUGAUUUGUAUUCUGCACACAUUUUUAAAGUUGUAUUAAUUCAUUGUUGAGAAAUUAAACAAAUCUUAGUGCAUGUACAUUGUAUCUCUGCCUACUUUCACUUUGUUGAAUAAAUGUUAACCAAA